ACAGCGCAGCUCAGAGAUCUCGCCUUUCCAUUGGCACCGGCCCUCCGUCACGGCUCGGGUCCGCCCCUUCCCUCCUCCCCGCUGUGUGACAGUCGCCGGCCAUCCGGGGGCCGAGGAGGAGCAGCAGCGUCACCGGCGGCUGAGCGAUAUCGCGGGGGGGACCCCGGAGCGCACCGCCGCCCUCAUGUCUUCCACUCACCCCCGAGUGAAGCGCGGCUCCGGCUCACCUCCCAACGGCAACUCCGCCCGCCUCCUGCAGCCCAUCCGGGCCACCGUGCCCUUCCAGCUCUUGCACAGCCCCAGCCGCUCCCCGUCCGCCUCCGUGGGGAGCAACACCGAGCCCGGCCCCUCCAGCCCCCCGAACGGCACCCCGCCUCCCCCGCUGCUCCCCCAUCCGCACAGCAGCCCCGAGGCGGCCAGAGUCCGCAGGAGGAGGAGCACCUCCCCGGAGAGGAGAAACGCCGGGUCCCCCGGGAGCAAAGCUGAUCGGUCAAAUUCCCAUCACCUAAGAACAUCUAAUACCAUAAGACGGACUUCUUCCUUGGACACGAUAACUGGAUCGUACCUAAGCGGACAUUGGCCUAGGGACCAUCAUGUGCACCACCCUUUGUGUAUGAAUGACAAAGCCACCCAGACACCCAACUGCUGGGGAGACGAGGGUGUAGAGAAGAAGGCCGGCCAUCAGCGCUCUGCAUCCUGGGGCAGUGCAGAUCAGCUGAAAGAGAUCGCCAAGCUGAGACAGCAACUCCAGCGUACGAAGAACAACAAUCGUCACAUCAAGGAUAAGGACAGUCCAUUGCCUUUUCAAGGAAACCAUAUAGCAGUCGCUCAUACUCAGGCUUCUACAUCUAGGUCAAUGCCAGUGCCCACAGCAAGUAUCCUGGUACCAAAAUGCACAGGCUCCCGAGUUCCGUGUAACGUGGAAGGAAUAAGUCCUGAACUUGAAAAAGUCUUUAUUAAGGAAACCAGUGAGAGAGACGGAGGCAAGCCUUUGGAAAUCCCAGAUGGACGCAGAGCACCGUUACCCUCCACAUAUCGUAGCAGCAGCACACGCAGCAUUGACACGCAGACCCCUUCUGUCCACGGACGGAGCAGCAGCUGCAGCAGCAACCAUUCCCCAUGUGCGUCUCCCUCCUGCCCCCCCGAGUCGCAGGAAGGCAGCCCGUGCUCCACAGACGACCUGCUGUUUGAUCGGGACAAAGACAGUGGGAGUAGCUCACCGCUGCCCAAGUAUGCCUCCUCUCCCAAACCCAACAACAGCUACAUGUUCAAACGGGAACCCCCAGAGGGAUGUGAACGCGUCAAGGUCUUUGAGGAAAUGUCGUCUCGGCAGCCAGCCCCUGCCGCUCUCCUUUCAUGCCCUGACAAAAACAAGGUUAACUUCAUCCCUACCGGAUCAGCGUUCUGUCCUGUAAAGUUACUGGGCUCCUUGCUCCUCCCUUACGAUCUCACCUUGAAGAAUCUUCCAAGCCCUGCUCAAGGCUCGGCCGGGAGUCCCGUGACUGUUGAACACCUUUCAUCUCAGGUCUCCAAUUCCUCCCUGACAGACAAUGCCACCAGCACAGUAGACAACACUGAAGCCAACGAUCACGCACCACCACAGGAGCAGCAGCACGGGGCUGAGCAGGCAGCCGAAGACCCGCUGCCGCGGUCCCCUCCCCCUCCUUCCCACAACCACGUCACCAUGUAAAGCUGCGCAGAGCCGGCCUCUGUGACUAUCAAGCUGACUCGAAGCCAGAUUUCCAACAUUCUGCAUGUGGAUUGGUUAGCCUGAUCGACUUAAUUUAAAGACAAGUACUGCUUAGCGUAAAUGAUCACAUCCGCCAAUGUUUAUCUUGGACUGGGACUAAACCUCCCCCUUCCCCCAAUCCUUUCCUUAUCUUACCUGUUGUUCCUGAAUAGUGCUAAUUAGUGCAGAUUUCCAUCAA